UUCACAUCGAUCGAAAUCUAACCUUUAGCUGACAGCUAGCUAUAUACGUAUAUACUAGCUAGUAUCUCCUACGUUCGUCAGCGAUCCACCGACGAUGAGGGAGCUGAUCCGGCGGCUGAGCUUCUCGGACCGGCUGAGCGACGGCAGCAGCGCCGUGCCGCGCGGGUGCGUGCCGGUGCUGGUGGUGGGCGACGGCGGCGACGACGAGGAAUGCGAGCGGUUCGUGGUGCGGGUAGAGACGCUGCGGCACCCUUCGCUGGCGGCGCUGCUGGAGAUGGCGGCGCAGGAGUUCGGCUACAAGCAGGAGGGCAUCCUCCGCGUCCCCUGCGCCAUCCACCAGUUCAGGCAGGCGCUCACCACCGCCGCCGUCUCAAGGGCUACUGAUUAGCAAUUAGUUAAUUCUCCAGUUAAUCGAUCGGUCGACUUCUUCAGGUAAUUAAGGAGCGAUUUUUUGGUGCCGUUCACUCGUUGACUCUCCUACGCCUGUUGUCUUCUCUUUUGCCUUUUGUUUUCUCUGGUUGGUGAUUUACAUGAGAGGGUUGCCAUAUGUAUGCAUGUGCGCUUUAUAACGCGCAUUGUAAUUUACGUUGGA